AUAUUGACGGGGCCUCCGCUGCUCUCUGUCUCUCUCUCUGUCUCUCUGUCUCUCUCUCUGUCUCACCUUGCGCUGGAUAUUUACUGCCUAAACCUUAAUCCUCUACUUCCCUUCUGUUCGUAUUAGCGUGCCAACAGGAUACAGGGACCUUUAAAAAAAAGCGGUUCAGGAUAUAUUUCUGCUUCCGCGCCUCAUUUUUAAAGGAUUUCUGGAGUUUAUUUUUAAGCUCUAGCUUCAGCCGAAGGGUCGUCCUGUAACGGAGGACGAAUUUUCUUUUUUUUCCCCCUGGAUAAGCGGCAAGGGAGGAGGUGAAGAUGCCGAAACCGAUCAAUGUACGAGUGACUACGAUGGAUGCUGAGCUGGAGUUUGCCAUCCAGCCCAACACAACAGGCAAACAGCUCUUUGACCAGGUGGUGAAGACUGUGGGACUGCGUGAGGUCUGGUUUUUCGGUUUGCAGUACACGGACAGUAAGGGUUACACCACGUGGCUGAAGCUCAAUAAGAAGGUGACUCAGCAGGAUGUGAAGAAGGAGAACCCUCUGCAGUUCAAGUUCAGGGCCAAGUUCUUCCCUGAGGAUGUUUCUGAAGAGCUGAUACAGGAGAUCACACAGCGCCUUUUCUUUCUUCAGGUGAAGGAGUCCAUUUUGAAUGAUGAAAAUUACUGUCCCCCUGAGACCGCAGUGCUUCUGGCAUCCUACUCAGUCCAGGCCAAAUACGCCGACUACAGCAAGGACAUCCACAAGCCUGGCUAUCUUGCCAAUGACAGGCUUCUGCCACAGAGAGUUCUAGAGCAACAUAAGCUGACUAAAGAACAGUGGGAGGAAAGGAUACAGACUUGGCAUGAGGAGCACAGAGGCAUGCUCAGAGAGGACUCCAUGAUGGAGUAUCUGAAAAUUGCUCAGGAUCUGGAGAUGUAUGGCGUCAACUACUUUGAGAUCAAGAAUAAGAAGGGAACAGAGCUGUGGCUGGGAGUGGAUGCUCUGGGUCUGAACAUUUACGAACAUGAAGACAAGCUCACACCAAAGAUCGGCUUUCCCUGGAGCGAAAUCCGUAACAUUUCUUUCAACGACAAGAAAUUUGUCAUCAAGCCCAUUGAUAAGAAAGCACCAGAUUUCGUCUUCUAUGCUCCACGGUUGCGGAUCAAUAAGCGGAUCCUGGCUCUGUGCAUGGGUAACCACGAGCUUUAUAUGAGGAGGAGAAAACCAGAUACCAUCGAGGUGCAGCAGAUGAAGGCACAAGCCAGAGAGGAGAAACACCAAAAACAAAUGGAGAGGGCUCAACUUGAAAAUGAAAAGAAGAAGCGUGAGCUUGCAGAAAAGGAGAAGGAAAGAAUAGAGCGUGAGAAGGACGAGCUGAUCGAGCGCCUGAGACAGAUCGAAGAGCAAACAGCGAGAGCACAGAAAGAACUGGAAGAACAGACACGUCGGGCUCUUGAAUUGGACCAGGAAAGGCACAGGGCAAAGGAAGAGGCAGAAAGACUGGAGAAAGAGAAGCUGGCAGCCGAGGAGGCUCGAGCAGCACUGGCCAAACAAGCAGCAGAUCAGAUGAAGAACCAGGAGCAACUGGCUGCAGAACUGGCUGAGUUCACUGCCAAAAUCACCCUGCUGGAGGAGGCCAAGAGGAAAAAGGAAGACGAGGCCAGUGAAUGGCAGCACAAAGCUCUCUCAGCUCAGGAGGAUCUGGAGAAAACCAAAGAAGAGCUGAAGACCGUGAUGGUGUCAGUACCAGCAGGCAGCUCAGCGGAGAACGAACAUGACGAGCACGACGAGAGCAGCGCCGAGGCCAGCGCAGAGCUCUCCAAUGAAGGGGUGGCGCACACACACACCGAGGAAGACCGCCUCACUGAGGCCCAGAAAAACGAACGCGUCAAGCAGCAGCUCCAGGCCCUGAGCUCAGAGUUAGCACAGGCUCGGGACGACACGAAGAAGACGCAGAACGACGUGCUGCACGCUGAGAACGUCAAGGCCGGCCGCGACAAGUACAAAACUCUGCGCCAGAUCCGCCAGGGCAACACCAAGCAACGAAUUGACGAGUUCGAGUCCAUGUGAGGAGCGCUGACCCCUAACCCUUUAACCCCCACCUUUCCUUGGCCCACUUACUUGCCCCACUCUCAAAGCUGCAGCCCUGAUGCCUUGGCAGCUGGCUUAUAAGCACAGCUUUCUUUCUUUAGUAGUUUUUUUUUUCUUUUCCUCCCCCUCUCUUCACCAGCCCAUCCCACCCACAUGACCUUUAACCCAUGGCGCCUGAUGAUAGCAUUCUACUCUGCAGAGAGGCUAGAGGGACGUGGUCACCACCUUCCCCUCACACUUUGCCAAAGCGCUCACCUUCAGCCAAUCAGGCUGCUUGAUUUCAAGCUCCUCCCACUCGAUUUCAUCCAUUUAGGAGCAAAAGCUUUGUAUCAUAUCUUUAUGAACAUUUGAGAUUAUUUUUCCUGAAACGAUGGAGAUACUAAAAUGGAAAUGUCAUUUUAGAGAUAAGACGGAAGUAGCAAAAAGAGAUCAAAAUUUUAUCCAAAAGGCCAUUAAUACUUUUUUUUUUUUUCUUCAUUUAUUCGAAGGUUUGCCCGCAUUAUACACUUUAAUCCCAGGUUUUGAUUUACAAUGAGCUUGAAGUAUCUAGCAGGUUUCUUUAGUUCCUCACUCGUUUUAUUAACACGCUGAUUUUAAUUUCUGCUGUUAGCCGAAGUUUCACCGCAGACGGCGGGUUUCGUUUAGGAUUUUGAGCGCACGAAAUAUCUCUCCAUGACAACGAUUCUAAUAAACAGCGAAUAAUUCAACAGGAGUCUAAACCAAAACUACGGAUCACCAAAGGGAAGCGGACGUCUGCGUCGUGUGAAAGAUUCGAACGGAAAAGUCGUUUAAGACGACGAGCACCGGUUUCUGAGAAACGCGAGUGGAUUCGAUUUUUGGUUGUAAGCUGCUUUGGGACGUUUCGCAGUCCGGCCUCCUCUUUAUGUGUGCGUUCUCAGACUCGCAGUGUUUCAUGUCCAGUCUCCAUAUGGAUGGUUUUCCCUGCCUGCCGGCUCACAAAGGUCACGACAGAUAGGCAGACAGCUGCGUGUGUGUGUGUGUGUGUGUGUGUGUGUGAGAGAGAAUACUGAAAGCCUUUCUGACCGGGGAGCAUGUGAAAACAUCGGUCCUGGCAUCAGGAUGGCUCUCUACCUCAUUACUGUAAAGUGUGGAGACUGAUGUGUUAAACUCUGAGCGUGCUGAGAGACAGGAAAGACAGUUUUCUGCUCUAGGUGUAGCGUUAAUGUCAUCUUGCUGUGUGUGUGUGUGUGUGUGUGAGAGAGAGAGAGAGAGAGGCAGAGAUUUACUCUGGGUAUGAAUUCAGAGCUCAGUAUUAUGUCCAGAUUAAGUAGUGUUGCUCACCACCGUCACCAGACGUUCCUAUAGAGCUAACGACGUACGAUACCAAAGCCGCCCUGACGCAGAAACCGUGGCGAGUUUAGAGCAGCACGUCACCGUGCUCACGUGUAGCAGACUCGAAUAAUCUAAUCGUCUUUGUCUUGUUCUUCUUGUACUUCACAAGACGGUAUUUUGCGUGCGUUCAGUUAUAAAAGUGCAGAUCCAGGAGGGUGAGUUUGUCAUGUUGUUUUUCCUCUCCUCGCUUUCUUGCCUCCCAGUUAAAGAAAUUUAAGCAAAUAAAAAAAGAAGAAAAGAAAAAAGAAGGAAAUCUAUACAUCAGGUUUAAUCCAUCUCCUGAGUAAUUCUUCCUGUGUUCAUCAUCAACAUGUUGAUCUGUUAUACGCACGUCUUGUGUGAAGAGAAAGCAGACCUCUAAAUGUUGUGUUCCUGUUCACUUUUCCCCACAACUAUAACUAUUUAUACAAAGUUCUAAAAACCUUUUCUAAAAAUUGUACCUUGCAAGGUGAAUUUUGUUUCAUUUUAUGUUAGUGAAGGCAGAAAAGGUCAAAAAAAAAAAAAAAAGCAAUUCUUUUUGGUGGUUGAGACACAAGCUUCAAACCAACCCAGCGUUUUAUUCGUGUCUAGGAAAUGCCAUAGAAAGAGAAAAUUCUGUGCUUCCAAUAUUAUUAUUUUUUUUUUUAUUGCUUUAUAAAUUUGAACCACCAGAGUUUGCAUGCAAGCUUUCACUGAAGAGGAUGGGGUUGCUACCUUCAUGCCACAAUGGUGUAACCUUGUUGCUUUGAGUUAUUGUUUCUUUUGUAGUCGGGUGGAAUUUGGCCUGCUGGCAUUGGAGUGAUUGGGGGGGAAAACCAGAGCAAAGCUGCCACUGCUGCUUCUGGAACCAGCCGUCAUGUUUGCCGUUUGUUUUUUUGUUUUUUGUUUUUGUUUUUUUUUUUUUUGUUCCCCCCUUUUUAUGUUUAUAUAGCUUUCUGUUACAUAGAAACCAGUCAAGCUUUGUUCAUGACUAAAUAUGUAAAAAAUAAAUAAAUAAAAUAAAGAUGAAAUAUCUGA